GCAGCCAGCAUCAGACGUGAAAUGACCUUCCCUGCAUAUCAACAGGAGGACGUAAAAACUGAUAUCAGUCAAAAACUGCCAGACCCACAGUUUCUCCUGUUUGCCACAAAGGAGGGAGAUUUAAAAACAGCAGAGACCAAAAAAACAAGCAGAGUUCAUGAGUAUGAAAAGGAAAACACUCGCUCUAUUUGUCUUCUUGAACAGAAGCGUAAGGUGGUUUCUUCAAAUAUUGAUGUGCCUCCAGCAAGAAAAUCUUCAGAAGAACUGGACAUGGAUAAAGUAACAGCAGCCAUGGUACUAACCAGUUUAUCCACCAGCCCUUUGGUUCGCAGCCCUCCUGUCCGACCCAAUGAAUCCCUAAAUGGAUCUUGGAAAGAAGGAGGAUUUGUGCCUUCUAGCACCAGCAGUAGUGGAUACUGGAGCUGGAACGCUCCCAGUGAUCAGUCCAACCCAUCUACCCCAUCUCCGCCUCUGUCAGCUGAUAGCUUCAGAGCUUUCCGAACACCUUCCCAGCCCGACGACGGCAUCGAUGAAGCCGAAACAAGCAACCUUCUCUUUGAUGAACCCAUUCCUAGGAAGAGAAAGAACUCCAUGAAGGUGAUGUUCAAAUGCCUGUGGAAGAACUGUGGAAAGGUGCUGAGCACRGCUGCAGGGAUUCAGAAACACAUACGGACCAUUCACCUUGGACGUGUAGGGGAGUCUGACUACAGCGAUGGAGAGGAGGAUUUUUACUAUACAGAAAUCAGGCUCAACACGGACUCGGUAGCUGAUGGCUUAAGCAGUCUUUCUCCAGUCUCUUCAUCUUUAGCAUCUCCUCCUUCCUUUCCCACCCAAGAUGCAAUCCGUCCCGAAACACCCUGUGCCAAAACGGAGACUAAAUUGAUGACACCUCUGAGCCGCUCAGCUCCUACCAACCUCUACCUCGUACACACGGACCACGCUUACCAGGCCACUCCUCCGGUGAACAUUCCAGGGUCAACAAAAUUCACUCCUAAUGGCAGUAGUUUUAGCAUCUCUUGGCAGUCGCCUCCAGUCACCUUCACCGGCAUUCCGGUCUCACCAACUCAUAACCGUCCUGCAGGGAGUGGAGAGCAGAAACAGGCCCACACAGUUCUCUCAUCGCCGCCUAGAGUAGCGUUUGGCUUGAGGAAGCCUAGAGGGGAGGGGAAAAAAUGUCGGAAGGUCUAUGGGAUGGAGAACAGAGAUAUGUGGUGCACUGCCUGCCGGUGGAAGAAGGCCUGCCAGAGGUUCAUCGACUAGAGACUGGCGUCGUGCCCAGGAGCUGGGGCUGCGGCAGGAGCAGCUUUUGCUGCRUCGCUUCCCGCUUGCCCGCCCGGGAUGCACUGUUUGCUUUGGGUUUUUAUUUUUGGAAGAGCUUUGCAUUUCAAAGUGAAGCACUUGUAGCCAAGGAGAUGCACUAAUGAAAACCUGUGUGGAGCAAUAGAGCAAAAAAUAAUUUUAAAAAAAGACCAACAAAACGAAGAACAUGCAACAAAAUUCUGUCUUACUAAGUAUUGAAACCAGAGCAGCUGUUAGUGUUUUUCUGUAAAAGAAAGGAAAAAGUUAAUUUUUUUGCUAACUCUCUGAACUACUUGCUCCUUCAGACCCCUUUUUAACCAUUUCAGUCUCUGUGUUGUGAACGUCUGUAUUAGCUAAACUGAACAAUUUUUCUUUUCCUGGACAAAGAAACGAAGAUUUUUUUUUUUUUUGAAAGCUUUCUAAUAAACACUUCAAAGUCAUAUAAGCUACAGUUUACUCAACAAAAGCUGUACCAAGACUGGAGCCUGCUAACCAGUUCUCCUAAUAUGAAUGAUCAUGGUCAUACGGUAUUUUUGGAAGGGGGAUGUGGGGAGGAGUUGCCUUUUUCUUUGUUUGUUUGUAGGACGAAAGUCUGAAUUCACAAGAAGGACAAACAAUGUUCCUGGAAUAUUUUUAAACCAGAUACAGACUGGUCGAGUGGAACAAAGUCAUUUAAGUACCAAAUUGGAUUUUGRUUCCCUAGAGGAAGAAGAGCGGCCAUGGAAAGUCACCAGCAGGUGUUGUCACAAUGGAAGAUGAGGGAAGAAAUUCACUGAUCCUUGAUUGAAACCCAUAAGAAUACMAUUGGGGUCCAGUAGCUUUCCUUACCACUGCCCCCUUUUCUAGGAAGGAUUAACAAUUGGACCAGCAGAAUUCUUGCUAUUGCUGCAGGAGCCCUGUAAAGAACUGGUAAACGCAGCCAUUAGGAUUAUAAGAAAGGUUUGUUCAGGGAUGUGGUCCAGCCAGCAGUUCUGCUCUUGUUUCCUUGUCUCCYGUUCRAGAGAAUGUUGUUAAAUUGAUGGUUUCCUCAGUUGUGUGGGGUUUUUUUUUUCAUUAAAGUUCCUAACAUCUAUUACGUACAAAAAAUUACUAGAGAGAAGAAAGUGCCCCCUUUCCACAASAUGAUCCCAAAAAGAGAAGUACAGCAGCAGAGGAGCAACAUAUUUAUGGUAAAACUACAUUCCUAAGCUCAUUUUGGUGUCUGAAUUAAUAUGUUUUUAUACUGGCAGUACUUGGAUAGGUUUGGAUACUUUGUAUGUUUGUCCAAUAGAAAAUCUGUACCUGGAUGCAGGAAGCCACUAUUCUCUUCCAGCUGAUACAGAAUUCCCAUUAAUUGUUGUUUUAGUGGAAAAGUAAGACAAGAAUUUCUUAAGAUAUGAAURUAUCCCACUGAACAAUCCCUGUUCGUUAAACAAAACAAGGCACCCAAGAAAACCACCUCAAAGUUUCAGAGGCAUGCAGGCCCACUGAUUUCUGGAUUUCUUUUUCAURCCAUCUGAAAUCAGGCCAGAUUUUAGGUAUUUCUUUUUUUAUUAUGUAAGCUGCCUAAUCCUCACAGAAAUAAGGAGACUUUAAUUAUCUAAACAGCUUCGUAAAAUCUGGUCCAAAGUUCCCUUAGCUUUACUGAGUGUGCAUUGCUGCUUGUGCCUGUGAAGCAAGCCCAAAAUGAUGAAGCAGUCAUUAGAACAUGUGCUAUGAAACUGAAAGUGCUAAGCAGUACACUAUAUCGUAGGAGCUUCCAAAGGAUAUCAUCUUUUAUUUUUCUUCUUUUUGAACAGCUURAUUGGGCAAUCAGACGCCUAAUUUGAGCGUGCUGGUCUGGUGGUUCACAAAUUGUGCCAUUUACAUGCCCGAGUGGCAGGAUGUGCUUGCAUGCACCCAGGUACUUGAUUUUGUGCCCAGUUGUGUUAAGUCAUGGGAAAGCGAAAAAGAGAAAGAAAAUAGACUCUGAAAUCCAGUAAGGCCCUGGAAUAUAUAUACACAUGUAUGUGUGUAUAGAAAAUAUCUGGGGUUAACAGGGAAGAGAAAAUGGUUUUGUUUGUAACUAUAAAAGAAGCUAAACUUUGGCUAUUUAUGUAGCCAUUGCUUUAUUACCUUUCCUUUUAGUAAAAUGUGGGGUUUUCUUUGCAUGUUUUAUUAUUUUGAUUUC